AUCUCUCCACCCUCCGCGUCAACAAAGCAAACUUUUCUGGUUCCUGUAAUGAGAUAAAAGCGUCACUUGCAGUGUGCUGCAGAAUCACUCUAAACCUACGGUGGCCCAAAAGUGCAAGUCGGAGUCAUUUUAAAAAGUGCAUGACGGAAAUGCUGCGCAUUUGUAUUUCCGUCAUGCUCUUUUUUUUUGUAUUCGCCACCCUUUUAAGAUCCUGUCCAUGUUUAGAUUCGCCUGCACUUUUUUAAAGACGACACUGAAUUGCACUUUUGGGACACCGUACUAAACCCAGCUUGCAAGACUGGCUGGCUGGCUCCCUGUCGAAGCAAGGCGAGGUUGAGAUGAGAAGAGGAGGAGAGUAUGAAACUGGACACCGGGGUUCACCAUGUUGGCUCCGAUGCGUUUUACUGCGCUAGCUUACACUGUGGUGGAUCCGAAAUGGCGCCGGUGUUCUCUGUUUCUGCUCAUUAAUACGCGCUCUCUCUCUUGGUUUUGUUAUUCCACAGGCUGCUGCUCCGCGUGUGUGCGUCAUUGUAUUUACACGAGACUGUAUCAUUAUUUUCUUUUGUUUUUUAACAGGUAGGGCUGUUUAUUUGUUGUUAACGGAAUUGUUUUAAAGAGGUUUAUCUAUGAAACACAUGACUGAAGGACAGAAACAGCAACGUACAACGACUGCAAAGAGAGGUAAACACAACUUAGUUCACUUUGAUUUUACAGUACAGUGCAAAACAGAAACUGAACAGCACAACAAAGUAAGUUUUAUUUUUAAUGACAUUAAUAUCCACAGGACAGCACUAACUGGUCUAGGUGUGCAGUGUAGAGUUAUGAGACCGCGUGGAAAUUAGAACCUAGCAAUCGGUCAUUUUAAAUCGAUUAAAAAAAAAAAUGCAAUAGAUUUUCAUUAACGGAGAAUGAUGGUUUAACUGUAUUUGUCCGGAUUGUAAAUCUACAUUAUAAAUUAACAGUAUUUAUUUUCAAAUGUGAUUUCUUUCUUCCCCCAUUGGAGAGAUGAGCUGCCUGCAGAGUGAGUUCAGCUGUACCGGCGUAAUGAAAUAGCAGCGCAUUUCAAACUGUUAAAACGGAACCCAAACGUCUCUACCUAGCUUUACGCCAAAAUACCCAUUUUUUAUACCUCUAAAAAAACAGAAUUGAUAAGUAGUUUUCCGAUUUAGGAUUAGGAAACUGCAUUUUUAGCAAAAAAUAAAUUUUUUCACACUCGGGUGUUUCCGUGACCAAUCGGCUUGUUGACGUCACAGAGUGAACUGAUCUUCGUCCGUCCGACUGUUCCCAUCGGGUUUUUUUGCGGUGUAGAGCGUGUGAGAGACAGCCGAUUAAAAUUAUGCCCCGUCGAUGUGUCGCAGGGGGUUGUAGCAACACAAACCAAGGCAGGUUUAAACUUCACAAGUGGCCGAAGCGCCCAGAGGUCGCCAGGGUUUGGACUGCGUUUGUCCGGAAAACGAGCGCCUCCUGGAGGAAGCCGACAAAAUGGUCGCACUUGUGCUCGUCCCAUUUCGAGGAGCGGUGCUACGAGACGACAGCGAUUGCCAGGUCCUGUGGUAUCCAGCCUCGACUGAGAGACGAUGCGUCCCCCACAGUUAGACCAAAGAAGGCAACAGUUGUAGCGAAAACAAGACAUUUUAAGUCUCCUCAUAAACGUGUGAGACUCCAGACAAAACACGACGAGCUGAGCGGGUCUGCGGGUGAGCUUGUUUUCGUGUCACCGUUAGACUUACUGGCGUCAGCUGACGUUUCCUUGACCCAGCAAGAGGGAAACAGUAAGAAACUGGACCCCAGUUUUUCCACAGUAUUCACUUCGACCCCCAAAUUAAAGAAAAGUUUACCAGGUGGAAGAUCAGCAUUUGGAAAGAGAGAGAAUACAGGGGUGUUUCAGGAAAUCUGUGCUGCCACAGCGACUCCAGUUACAACUGCAGGUGACGGAUUAGAUGAAUAUAGUUUGAGAGCUGAUGCUGGAGCUGAAAUUGUCAUUCAAGUCCGCCCCGAUGUAAAUUCAAUAGGCAAGGAAAAAAAAUUGAGAACGGAUCAGCCUCACUCAAAGGAAGUUUCUGAGAUGGAAGCAGCUCACAUCACCCCAGAGCUUCCUAUUCGAUGGGUUGUUUCUGCAGACAGGACUGUUGAGAUCAAGGAGGAAGUGACUGAGCUGGGGUGUGACCAGGCCAAUGAGCGGAGCCUGCAGGAGGAAACGCCACCUUCUAGCAUCACUGAGAGAGGUAUUGGUAUGAAAUUGGUACGUCUUGGUAGAAGAGAAGAAUCAGAAAUGGCAUCUUCUCACUUUACAGUGGAGACCCCUGAACUGAAACCUGCCCUCAUUAAAGAGGAGAGUCCUGCGCUAGAAUCGGUCCACAUUAAACAGGAGAGUCCUGUUCCAGAAUCAGUCCAUAUUAAAGAGGAGAGUCCUGUACUAGAAUCAGUCCAUAUUAAAGAGGAGAGUCCUGUUCCAGAAUCAGUCCAUAUUAAAAGGGUUAUUCUCAAUUCUAAACCCUUAAGCAGCUUGCAGGGCUCUCUUCCCUGUCCUGGAUGUGGGGAGAGUUUUAAUCCUGAAGGAAACCUUGAAACAUCUCCUGGAAAGACUCUGCAUCGCUGUGCUGGAUGUGUGAAGACUUUCAGGGAGUCAGGAAUCCUGAACGGACAGCAGCAAACAGGCACUGGAAAGACUCCAUAUAACUGUCAUGAAUGCGGGGCAGAUUUCAGACACCACAGCACCGUGAAACACCACCUGCGAGUUCUGAAGGUACAGCUGGGUUAUCCUUGUGAAAGCGAGGAUUCAGAGAUGGCGCCUGUCCACAUUAAAGAGGAGCUUCCUGAACUAGACCCUGUCCAUGUGAAAGAGGAGCUUCCUGAGCUGGAACCUGUCCACAUUACAGAGGAGACCCUGGCACUUGAACCUGUCCAGAUUAACGAGGAAAGUCCCGAGGUAGAAUCAGCAGAACGUCAACACCUUUCAGGUUCUAAAGUAGAAGAAAGAGAACACGACUCCACUCCAUUACUGCAGUGCAAAAACUCUCCCAGUGACAAACCUCAGUGCAAGAAGCACAGAGAGACGACGCCCCAAGAAGAAAAACAAUUGAUUGUUAAAAUCCCUUCUGUACAAGUGCUGUUUUUUCUGGAGAGUGCAGAGACUGCACGUUCUGUGUGUGUGACCGAUUCUGAAACCCAGGGCAACUUGAAGACCUUGCCUUGCUCUACUGAAGAUGGGAAGAGUUCCUGUCAGUUAGGCUCUCCUGAAACUCACAAGGGAAAUCACACAGGAGGGACUGCAUUUCCCUGUGCUGAUUGUGGGAAGAGAUUCAGUAAUUUAGCACACCUUAAAAGACACCAGCGUGUUCACACUGGAGAGAAGCCACACCACUGUAAUGAUUGUGGGAGAAGUUUCACUCAAUUAGGAAGUUUUAAAACACACCAAUUAAUCCACACAGGACAGAAAACACACCACUGUAAUUCAUGUGACAAGAGGUUCUCUCGAUCAGAAUAUCUUAAAGCACACCAGCGCAUUCACACUGGAGAGAAACCACACCACUGUAAUGAUUGUGGGAAGCGCUUCACUCAAUUAGGAAAUCUUAAAAAACACCAACUAAUUCACACAGACGAGAAACCACACCACUGUAAUACAUGUGAGAAGAGGUUCUCUCGAUCAGAAUAUCUUAAACAUCACCAGCGAAUUCACACAGGAGAGAAGCCACACCACUGUAAUUAUUGUGGGAGAAGUUUCACUCAAUUUGGAAGUCUUAAAACACACCAAUUAAUCCACACUGGAGAGAAACCACACCAUUGUAAUGAUUGUGGGAAGUGCUUCACUCAAUUAGGAAAUCUUAAAAUACACCAACGGAUACACACAGGAGAGAAACCACACCACUGUAAUGAAUGUGGAAGAAGUUUCACUCGAAUAGACAACCUUAAAAUGCACCAACGAAUUCACACAGGAGAGAAACCACACCACUGCAAUGACUGUGGGAAGAGCUUCACUGAAUUAGGACAUCUUAAAAGACACCAAUUAAUUCACGCAGCAGCGAAACCCUGAAUGUUGGGAAUUAUUUCAUCUGGUGGGACACAUAAGAACAUAAGAAAGUUUCCAAACGAGAGGAGGCCAUUCAGCCCAUCUUGCUCGUUUGGUUGUUAGUAGCUUAUUGAUCCCAGAAUCUCAUCAAGCAGCUUCUUGAAGGAUCCCAGGGUGUCGGCUUCAACAACAUUCCGAAACCAGGAAAUUCUCACAAGACAAAAACCCUGUCACUCGAGAGAUUAAUGUCAUUAAUAAAAACUAAUCAGAGUUAAAAAUAAUUUCUUAACAAGAAAUUCCUUUACAAAGACUCCUCAGAAGUGUUUACUGCACAGGCUGCUUUUACACUUUGAAACAGACAAAAGGACACCAUUCCGGUCAUGAGACAUCAGAGCUUCAAACGAAACAGACACUUUGAACACAUUCCAAAGAGGGAGACACUAUUUCACCCCCUCGCUGGUAAGAGAGAGACGUGCCCGGAUGUUCAUCUCGUGGAAGAUGUUGCUUUCCGAUAUCCCACUGACUGAGACUGCAAACAUGAAUUAAGCAAUCUAUUGAUGGGGACACGUGGAUCCUUGAAGGACUUCAUUGCCUUUGUGUCAAUCUAGGGGCAGGUCACAGAACUAAAAAAACAAGCCCUCUAUUUCUUAAAAAAAUAAUAUAAUGUUUAUAUCUGUUGGUAAUGAAAGCUGUGCAUCUUCCACAGAGGUGGGUGAAUCUUGAAGUUUCAUACAGGUCUCUGAAAAAUCACCUUUCCCUGCUUGCAAUACCACAAUAACUAAUGCCUUUACUUGGAAACUCUGCUUUUGAUUAAAACCAGAAGGGAAAGACUGUUGCAGCGUUACAAAGGCAGGACUGCGACUUGGCUUCUUCACGUCUAAACCCCUGGAGCAAGGUGUAAACGCUGGGCUUCUCUUUGCAUCCCUCCAGGCUGCACCGCGGAGCAACGCCCAUCGCAGGAUUGGUAUUCUUCUUUCUUAUUCAUAGGACUGUGUUGUUUAGUCCCCUUCCAAUGAAACAUUGAAAUUAAAGAGCCAGAUGUGAGCCUCCAAACCCAUAAAACACCAUGGACAGCAAUUCAAAACUCUGUUCAUAUUUUAAAUGACUCUCUUUAUAUGGAAGCAAAUAUUCUGAAACUGUCAAAUUACAUGUAAGUAAAUAUAUAUGUAUAUUAAACUGGCAUUAUGAAACAUUUGCAAUAAAUGUUAAGGAGGCUGUGUGGUCCAGUGGUUAAAGAAAAGGGCUUGUAACCAGGAGGUCCCCGGUUCAAAUCCCACCUCAGCCACUGACUCACUGUGUGACCCUGAGCAAGUCACUUCACCUCCUUGUGCUCCGUCUGUCGGGUGAGACAUAGUUGUAAGUGACUCUGCAGCUGAUGCAAGGUUCACACACCCUAGUCUCUGUAAGUCGCCUUGGAUAAAGGCGUCUGCUAAAUAAACAAAUAAUAAUAAAUAGCAUUAUGUUAAUAAUUUGUAUUACUUGGGAUUGUCUUUCAAUAAACAGCAAAGCAAACGUGUGAUCAGUCCAUCAUAGAGUGGAUAGUUAAUUGAUCAAUGGAAAAAUGUCAAGAUUAAAAACC